AGUCGUUGUUGUUCAUCCGCCUGCUCUUUUGGUACCGCGAAGAUGCCGCUUGGCUACUUGGGCUCGAAACACACGGUGUACGACAUCUACCCGAUCCGCAACAAACGUGCGUUGCUCCUGGUAGACCCACAGAACAUUCUCCAUGACUCCGCCGACCUCCACGCCACCAUCGGCACCAUCUCCUACCUGCUGAAGAAGCACGCCAUCGUCGUCGUUGCGGCGUCUUUCGGGCCACUCCCCGGCAUCACGCUGAACCUGUCGCGCAAGGAGCGGGAAGCCGCCUUGGAGGCGUUCCGCAGGGAAGAUGGUCUCGGCUACACGAACUUCUUCUCCUCGCUCACACCGGCGGAAAAGGUGAAGCUGCUUUCUCGUGUUCCCGGACUGGACUUUACCCCGUCCCCGGCGAGUGCCCCCGGCUACCAUCAGGCCCCCAACACGGGUAAGACAUCGCUCUUUGGCACCUUAAGCAACGAACAGAAGUCUGCCGUGCUCCGCGCCGCGUACCCGAAUCAGGACUUCGUCUCCUGCACAACGUUUCCGUUUGUGGCGGCGCUGCAGCAGCACUUCCCAGGCGUGCAGGUCACCUUCGCCCCGGACUGCAUGCGUCCACCGACGAUUCAGAUGCAGCCGGGCACCAUCGUCGUUCUCGAGAACUACCGGUUUUACCGCAACGAAAUCGCGACCGUCGCGGAGGAGCGCAUUGCGAUGGCCGAGGUGCUAGCCGCCGAGAUCGACGUCUUCAUCAACGAUUCCUUCGGCACCUCGCACCGCACGCUGGCGAGCAAUGUGGAGCUGCCAAAGCUGCAGCUGCAUGGCGCCGCCGGGCUGUCGAUGGAGCGGGAGCUGGCGUUCUACUCGAAGUUUCUGAGUCACCCGUCGCACCCGCUGGCGGUGAUGGUCGGUGGCAGCGAUAUCGUGCGCAAGAUGCGGCUCAUCCGCAAUUUGGCCGAGCGGGUCGACCGCAUUCUCAUUGCGGGUGCGGUGGCGUUUCCUUUUCUGGUGGCGCGUGGCGCGCAGGCCGGACGGGGAUACGAAACAGGUGAGAAGGAGCUGCGCAUCAGCGUGGUCACGACUCCGCUAAAUAACUCGUUAGCGGGCCGGGAGUGUCUCCCCACGACGCGGACCUGCUCGCAGUACGCGGCGGAGAUUCUCCAAAUCUGCGAGGAGAACAACGUCGAUGUGGUGCUGCCCAUCGACCACCUCGCUGUAGCGGAUCCAGACAUCCGGCCCUACGACGACACGGAGGGGAAAGAGAAGGCGAAGAUUGUCGAGGUGCCGUCGCCGUCGGUGCCGCCGGACAUGUACAGCGUGGAUUGCGGCGUGGAGACGGUGAACCUUUUCAUGCGCAGUUUGCGUGGGUGCCGCACGCUCUUCUGGACGGGCAUGAUUGGCUGGUAUGGCAAAGGCUUUUGCAAGGGCACCGAAAGCUUCGCCACGCGGCUGGCCAGCACCGACAUUAUUGCAAUGCUCGCCGGUCAGCACACGGCGCUGACCGCACUGGAUUUGGGCAUCGCCGACAAGGUCUUUCACGUCUCGGGCGGUGGCCUCGCGUCGCUCGAGUUCCUCAUGGGCGGCUCGCUGCCCGGCAUCGAGUCCCUCACCGACGUAGCGCCCCCGGUAGACCCGAAGAUGUACAUCUCCGUGAAUGAGCUGCUGCGGUCGCUGCCCCUCUUUGCGGGCUGCAACUCGCAUCAGCUGCGCACUGUGGCCCGCAAGUUCGUGCGUCGCGUCCACGGCGAAGGCGACUUCCUCUUCCACCGCGGCGACCGCCAUACGUGCAUGUACCUGGUCGCGCGUGGCGGGCUCGUGGCGCACUACGGCGAGGACUACAGCUCCACGCCGUCUCGCUACGUCGGCAAGGGGCAAACCGUCGGCAUGUACGAGUUCAUUACGCAGGCGCAGUCGAUGGAGACGGUGCGGGCGGCGCUGCCGGACACCGUGACGUACCACCUCUCCUUCUUUGUGCUGAACGACCUCUUGAACGGGUACCCCGACCUCGCCAUCCAGCUCUUCCAGAACAUCUCCGAGCCGUUGCGCCAGAUCGUCAACGUCGAUUACUACAACCAGCAGACGCCGACACAGGUGGCGUGGCGGAACAGCUGCCGCACCCGCGUGCCGCUGCCGUGCACCAUCCCCCGCAACACGGCGUUGUGGGAGGAUGUUGUGCAGGACGUCAUCAUCGCGGUGGCGCUGCAGAAGCUGACGAUGCGGUUUACGCCGUAUGUGCCGAAGACGCCCAACAUCGAGCCGGAGGCACUCGUCGGAACACCGAGCGUGCUCUACGGCGGCCUGCUGCAGCGUCUCCAGUAUCACCAGUACUUGCCUUGCAACAUCGCCGUGGCGGUCCUGCGCAACUUCCUCUACCACUACAUCGUCAGCUGGAUGCACAGUCCAGCGGUGGCGGCCGUUGUGAGCGCCAUGGCCGUGUCGCCGCUGCGUGUGUGGAGCUACGGCAUUAUGUACUGCGACAUCAACUUCAAGAUGGUGCUGGAGGAGGCGGUGUGCGGCGCGGUAGUCAGCGUCGCGCCGGCCACGGCGUACAAGUACAUGCUGAGCCUGCAGGACCGUUACGAGCGUCGCCGGCAGCGGCCAAUGGGUCGUGUGACGCAGCUGGCGUUGAUGGCCGUCGUCAAGGCCCUGCUCGGCGUGAUUAUUUUUCCUGUGAUUUACCAACGCAACUUCAUCUACACCCAACCGACGGCGAGCCGCUUCUGGAAGACGGACGCCUUUAAGGCCUACGAGGUGAAGCAGGUACUCUCCGUGCUGCUGCGCUGUUCGGUGCACAACUGCUUGAAGGUGCUGAGUCUGGCGUAA